GAAACACCUCUUCCUGUACACAUACUACUAAACCAUUUUUUACAACGAAAAAACUAUUAAGAAAAUCGAAGUAACAAACGUAAACUGGCAAUAGUUACAUAAUACAGUUGCCAAUUCGCCAGUUUAGCACUGACUGCACAGGCACCCAUCAGCACAGUAACUAAGGAGAGCUGUUGCAAACACACGUUCCAAAAGGAAUUGUGAAGAUGAACAUUUCGGUGAAUGAUUCCCUGGAAACACUUUGGUCAAAUGAAUGGGCAAGAAGAAGCAUUGUUAUAUGUAUUGGAUUCGGAGUCAUAAUUUGUGUUAGAAAAUUCUUUCAAAACAGAAAAAGGGCUAAGUUAAGAGCUGACUGGAAUGCUGCAGGCAAGGAUGUUGUGGUUCUUCAUCAAUUUUGGCGUGGCAAAUAUUGCCCCAAUAUGAGUCCAUAUGUUUUGAAAGUGGAAUGUUUUAUGCGUUUGGCUGGAAUCAAGUAUAUUACUGACACCCAAGAGCCUUUUGGAGCAAGAGGUUUGUGCCCUUGGAUCACUCUGAAUGGAGAAGACAUUGAGGACUCCCAGCAUAUAGUUGAACGUUUGACGGAGCAGUUUAAUGUCAAACUUGACGACCACCUCACACCAGAGAGGAAGGCAACUCUUGAAGCUAUAAGAAUCAUGUUGGAAGAACACAUGUUCUGGAUUUUGUUCAUGUAUAGGUAUUACCAUACCAACUGCAAGGUAUUUAAGAAAACUCAAGUAUUCCCAACCUGGUUUCUGCAUUACUAUUUUCCAAUAUUCAUCUACUACUACUCACAAAAGCGAGGAAGAGCACAAGGUAUUGCCAGACAUACAUUCGCAGAACAGGUCAAGAUGACUGAGAAAAAUAUGGAAAUCCUUAAUACACUUCUAGGUGAAGGCCAGUAUUUUGGUGGUGACAAGCCCUGUUCAACUGACUGCAUUGUUUUUGGAUUUUUGGCUCAGGGCAUGUGGAAUGACACAGACUCGCCCUUUGAGACGCUUAUCAAAGUUACAUAUCCAAAGCUAGCCGCUUACAGCAUCAGGAUGAAGGAGCAUAUAUAUCCUGACUGGAAGAAGCUGUUAAAUCCACCUCAAGAAUAAAGGUUUAGAAAAUGUAAUAGCAAUAACAAUAGUAUGUCUGUAUGUCUGUCAUUCUGUAGGCCACAAUCUAGAUAACUGAGAAAGAUGAUGGCUUUGGACUUUUCCCAUGUAGUUAAGGAUUUUCCUUAGAGUGCAGAAUUUUGUGAAUAAUGACUAUACUAAUAGUAAAUGGACACUGUUUGUGUAAUAGUACACAAACAAGGCACUGUAGCUUCACUUACAUAGCCAGCAGUACAGUAAGGGUAGGCACACACAUACAACUUUGAUUUUUUAUCUAUUUAUUUAUUAUCAUUUUAUUUAGUUAUUUAGUUAUUUGUUUAUUUAUUUAAUUAUUAUUUUUUUUACCAUUACAAAAAAUAAGUGCACGCAUAUCCAGAUUAUAGAGUUGGCUGACGGAAUACUUGGUGAGCUGCUUGAACAAACCCAAAAUGAACUAGCCAAUAAGUUUGUUCACAGAAAGUUUGGGUGUGUGGCUGUGUGCUUGGAUUGGCCAUCACCUUUAUAUUUUUCAUUUGCCUGAUAAAUAGUUGAUAGUUUGAAAGAGCAUUUAUGGUUGUAGGAUCAUAAGGGUAGAGUCUGCCAGUAGGAAAAGAAUGGCUUAAUAAUAUAUCAAUAUAAGAAGCAUUAAACUUCAAGUGAAUAUUAUGAAA